AUGGCAACACAUAACCAAACUUGGCACUCAGAGGAUACCACGGGUGGAAUUGCAUAUGGUAAUCCUUCCUUGACCAACAUUAUUAAGGAGAACCAAGAAAGAAAUCAAGUAUUUGUCAGGCUUGCCACCAACGUCAAUGUGUUGACAAAGAUGUUCACUGAAAGCCAAACAAAAAAGGUGAAUGUGAUGGAAGACGUUCAACCCACAUCAAAUGAGGAUAAUGAGGAAGCAUAUUAUGUAAAUAACUAUGAAGGAGGUUAUCAAAGGCAACCCUACCAAGGUUCAGGACAACAAAACCAAUGGAGGCCUAAACCGCAAGGGCGAGGCAACCAACAGUGGCAAAAUGGUCAAGGGAAUUGGAGUAAAAACGACAACAACUUUUCUAAUCGGUGUUUAAACCCCUAUGUUCCACAAAAGGGGCAAUAUUCCAACUCUCCGCAUCGGAAGGAAGAUUCUUCAAGUUAUUCCAAGUUGGAAAACAUGUUUGAACGAGUUUUGGAAAAUCAAAAAAGAUGCGACACUUCAAUGAGGAAUAUGACCGAGCUUGUGGUUUAUCAUGCCGCAUCUAUUCAAAAUUUGGAGACAAAAAUGAGAGAUCUCUCAAGAGUGAAAAAUCUGAAGAAACAGGGUACACUCCCAAGUGACAUAAUUGCAAAUCAAAAAUGUAGUAGGAGUAGUCCAACUUCUCAUUGUAUGGAAAUCGCAACUAGGAGUGGGAAAAUACAUCAAGGAAAGAAUGAACAAGUGGACGAAGUGGAAGAUUCCGAACAAGAAGUCGAGGCACAAGUUGAGGUGCCAAUUGUUUUUGAAUCUGUAAUGGUCUUAGAAGAAGUGAAAAUUCAAGAAGUGAACCGGGAACAGGUUGAGGAAAACGUGAAAGGGACACCAAAAUCACUAACAUCGAUUCCUAGAACUCCUCCUCCUUUCCCUCAAAGACUUGAUAGGAAGAUGCCGGAUUUUGCCAAGUAUUUGAAAGACUUGAUCACCAACAAGAGAAUUACCAAGAAUGAAGUGGUGAAUGUGACUCACCGAGUCAGUUCCAUCUUUGCAACAACGGCCGUUCAAAAGAAAGAAGACCCGGGAGCUUUUACCAUUUCAUGCACUAUUGGGGUGCGCGAUAUUGCAAGAUCUCUUUGUAAAAGUAGGGCUAGAAUCAAUUUAUUGCCUCUUGAUAUUUACAAGCAAGCAUGGUUAGGUAUGCCGAGGCCUAGAAGUAUGAGGUUGCAAAUUGUCAAUCAUUCAAUAAAGAGACGGAUGGGUAUUGUUGAUGAUGUUCUUGUGAAAGUGGGGAAGUUUCUCCUUCCCCCCGACUUUGUGAUCCUUGAUUGUGUUAUUGACAAAGAAAUCCCUAUCAUCUUGUGGAGGCCAUUCCUUGCUACUGGAAGAGCACUUAUGGACUCGAAACGAAAUGAGAUCAAGUUCUGA